GCGGUUGUGGAUGAGUUGAAAGGAUUUAGUAUUAAAGACUUUCAUAAUCCCGUAGCCUUGUUGAGAGAUUUGUUCGUCUAGACCUGUCGGACCUUCCCUUUAGAUCGAGAAAAGCUCCAAUUUUGCGCUUGAAGAGUUGUUUAAAUCUGUCCAAAAUGGCACCAAAAUCUAAAAUCAUAUUGGACACUGAUCCAGGUGUUGACGAUGUCAUGGCCCUUCUCCUGGCCCUCAGCGCCUCUCCCGAGGAGCUUGAGUUGGCCAUGAUCUCAGUCACGUACGGCAACGUUCCUCUACAAUGCUGCCUUCGCAACGUAGCUGCGUUGUACCACGUCCUAGAAAAGGAAUUCGAGUGGAGGAAGUCCCAGGGUCGCCCAGAAGGCUAUGAGACCUUGAAGGCCCACAAGACCAUCGUGGCUGCUGGUGCUGAACAUUCACUGGCAGACCCUGUCUUGGCUGCUGAUUACUUCCAUGGCGCUGAUGGGUUGCACAACGUCCAUGAUAUACACACUGACUUGAGCCCCGCCGAAACUUGGAAGGCCCUCUUCGAUAAAGAAGACGGCAAUGACCACACCUCAUCCUACCCACGCUUCACCCCAUCCAAGGAGCCCGCCCACAAAGAAAUGCUGCGUCUUCUCAGAGAGAACCCUGCAGACACCAUCAGCAUUCUCGCCGUUGGGCCCCUCACAAACGUUGCACUGGCUGCUACCGAGGACCCUGAGACGUUCCUCAAGGUCAAGGAGCUGAUAGUCAUGGGCGGAGCCGUCGAGGUCCCCGGUAACGUCACUCCCUCGGCAGAGUUCAACACUUACGCGGACCCCCUUGCCGCCGCUCUUGUCUAUGCUCUUUCAUCGCCCAGCCCAGCAUCGACAAUGCCCCCCAUUCCUAGCAACGUCAACAUCAAGCCGUACCCUGCGAAACUCUCUCGCCGACUUACAGUAACUCUGUGCCCACUAGACAUUACGGAACGCCAUGCCAUCAACAAGAACUACUUUGUCGAAACGGUUCAGCCCUACAUUGAUGCCGGCAGCCCUCUUGCUCGAUGGGCUAGCCACUUCAUCAACGGAGCUUUCAACAAGAUCGACUCUAUGGAGGGUGAUGGCAACGAGCCAGCCCUGGCAUUGCAUGAUCCCUUCACAGUUUGGUACGUGCUGACCCACGACGACCCCCGAUGGAAGGUGCCCGCGAAGCCUGAAGAUCUCCGAGUCGAGACAGUCGGGCAGUGGACCAAGGGAUCGUACAUCCUGGACAAGCGUAUUAGAUCCAAGCCCGGUGAGGCUGCUCUGGUGGAUCUGACAGAUGACGUUGAGGCCGACCCUCAUCUCGUCACUCUGGAUGAGGUCCCCGGCGACACAAUGGGAUGGUUGAGCGUCCGCAAGGGAAACAGAAUCAGGCGGGUGAUUGGAACCCCUGGAGAGAACACCUUCAAAGAGGUAUGGAUGCAGCGCGUAUUUGGUUAAUGCAACCUUUGUUUUAAAAUCCCUUUUGCAGAAAGGCUUUUGCAUGUGUAUAUCCCAACUCCAAGCACUCCAAGUGCCUAAAUGACCCCGUACCCGAAACAAAAAUUAACUCUAAUUGGUUCCUCUCUUUCUCUUGUAAAUCCUUCAACUCGCUGCCCCGUGAUAUCUUGGAGUACGGUUCUUGAAAGGAUGAUUUCUAAACGUGUUUAAUUCCUCCUAUUACCGCCCCCUUUACUUGUGUCCAGUCUAUGCUCUCGUCUAGCGUUUCGUCGACAAGGCCAAUUGAGCAAACGUUGUCGCCUCGUACGAGAUACAACCCCAGAGGGACCUCGGCUGAUGGAUCCGGAUCGUCAGGUGUUCGGAUAAUCCUCUCCAAGGCGUUUUUCAGAACCAGAUUUGUCGACGCAUCACAUGCUGCCAGCUCCCCAACAAGGAUUCGCGAGUCUGCCGUCACGAUCAGGACCUUUUUGUUGAGGUAGCCUCCCAGAGUGGCCAUUGUGAUGUGACAGCCGCGGGUAAACGCUCUCUAAAGGAAGAAUUCAACAACCCGUAGCGAAAGCAAAAGAGCGGUGGUAUAGAGGGUUCGGUUGGUUGAUACGGGUAAUGUUUGGCGAGAGACUGUUUAAGUGGAAGCUCCCCAUGGUCAUCUUUUUUUGAAGCAAAGCACCAUAGCUCUAGGCCGCGCUAAGCUGUUUCUGGG